AACAAAAAAAAAAUAGAAAUGUCUUUGGCCUAAUCACAUGACCUGUUUUAUUUGUCCCCGUGAUCAAAUUGAGAUAAAUUCAAAAUAAUUACGUGCAAUGGCCACAAAAGUUGAGACUGAUGUUGACACUGACAUACAUGAGAACUCCCUCGAUAACAGUGCUGACGGAGAAUACCUUGGCAUGGUAGAUGAAGGAUCCUUUGGUGCAGAAGAACAGUCCCAAUUAACCUCGCAGCCUUUCUUGGAUACAAACGAAAACACUUCCACAACCUACAGCUUCAGGGAUAUAUCUGGGUCAGUGACAUACAAGAUUGUACACAUGACUAGUGAUGAGCCAAGCAAUAAUAUAUCACAAUCACCCAAUCACGUAAUACCAGAAACAGAGUACUAUGUAAUAAGUAAUCCUGUGGAAGUGUUUGGAACUAACUCACCUAAAAAGGCAAUAAAGAAAGAGCCACUACAAGCAAAAGCUGUAACAGCAAAAAAGCGCGAUGACAAACGUCGCGCGACACACAACGAAGUGGAGCGACGGCGACGCGACAAGAUCAACAGUUGGAUCACAAAGCUGGCGGCGCUCGUGCCCAACUCGGGCUUGGCCGAUACCGUCAGCAAGGGAGGCAUCCUGGCCAAGGCCUGCGACCACAUCACUGAGCUAACUGAGAGGCAGAAAAGAUUGGACAAAUUGGAAGUCGAGAAUGAAAAACUUGUACUAGAAAUAUUAAGGCUUAACCAAGAAUUAGCGGAAGUGCGUAAAGAAAACUCAUCAAUGAGAAAUCAGUUGGCGGACAACUGCAUAGUGAUGGCCCACAGGCCGAAAGGUCAGAAGUCCUAGCUAAAUAAACUUAGUGCAAUAUCGGUGUAAAAAGAUUUCUUUGGGGAAAUUUUUAUUUCCUCACAAUAGGGAAUAUUAUGCAGAGUUUAACGCAGAUGGCAACACCAGCGAUGUAGACAAAGAGAAAUAUAUCUUUCGUCUCGCUCAUACAAGAAAGAGAAAUGUGUAUUAUACACGACUAGACGAGACAGAGUGCUAAUAUCUUGUCCAUGUGUGCCAACGGUGCCUAGAAAAUUGCCCACUGUAUAAUUCUUUGGUUUUCUUUGUCUUUGACCAGCAACUUCCACCUAUCGCAGAAGUCAAUGCCAUUUGUCAUGAUGUAAGAACUGUCAAUGCCAAAACGCGCUGUUUACCCGAAAUGCUUGUGCUGCUCUCUAGCGUGAAAACAUCGCAGUAAUGUUCCCUAAAGGUCCAUAGGCUACGGGAAGCCCUAAUCAUCGUUAGCCGUACGCCUAUUUGCCUAUUUAGAGAUAUAAAAAAGGUGCUGAAACUGUAAGCCUGAAACUGUAAGCAGUGUUACCUUAUACAUGAAUUUAUGAUACAGAACGGCAACCCCAUAAUGAGCAAUGGAUAAAAUAUAACUAAAAUUAAUGUUUCAUAGGAAAUAUUAAUAAUACAAUAAUAAUGAUGAAAAAUAGGUAAUAAACUAUAAAUUGCUUUAAAUAUUCUAUAGUAUCAUUUAAAAUGCUAUAUUUCAGGUUGAUAUCAAUUUAAAUUAACAUUAACUAAAUCAAAUUUCUUUUCACCAAACCUAAAAAAAAAAAAACAAAAUGCUUGUUCUUUUUAUGUUCGUUUUGUGUAUAAGGUUAUAGUCUUUAGAAUUUAUUUCCUCAAAUGGGGCCCCCAAAUGUAGAACCCUGAGACUUAUGUGUUAUUAUGUUGAAAUUGGAGACAUAAAUGUUAUUUACCGCUAAAAGAAUUAGCUCUUCCAUAAUUCAUACAAAAUUUCAUUCACAAAAUUUUAUGGACUUGGCAUAUUUGACAUCUAUGGUGUACCACAGACCCAUUAACAUCCAUUCAAAAUGGAUGUCAAUAUGCUCAUGGUAAUAAAUGUACACGGCAACGGAUAUAAAUUGACCAUUUAUUUCCGUGAGUUUGAAUCUUGAAUAAAAGUUCUGUCUCCUUAAUUGUGAUGUGAUAAAAAACUAAUGAAGUUUUGUAAUAAUAAUAAUAUAGUAGUAAAUAAACGUUUUAUCUAUGUUGAGACUGGAGCAAACUCAAAUGAUAAUUUCGUCGCUGCAAUUUCAGUAACAGUUUUAUGAACAGAUUAGAUAAAGUAUCGGCAUCAGUUUAACGAGCUGCUAAAUGUGUUGCGAUAAAAUGAAUAAAAAUAAGUUGAUAUGACAUACUGUUGUUUUCUGGAUAUAAUAAUAUAGUUCUUCUUUAAUUUUUUGCUUUUUUAUGAUUUGUACAUCAACUUCUCUUAGUAGGCUUACUCAAUUUGGAAGAGAGAACUAUAUGAAUCUAGAGAUAAAGUUAAGAAUGUAUAAGUUCCUUUGCAAUAUUUUUUUGUUGAUAUAAAACAUCACAACAUUGUUCUAAUCAGAAUCUAUAUUAUUAUCUUUAAAUUGGAAUUAAGAUUCACAUUGAAGUUAUAGCCUGUCUCAAUGGUUCAUAGAACGUAAUCACUUGCCGUCUUUUUCAUAAAAAUCUAUUAAUUAACAAAGCUUAUAAUACUCAUAAUUUAUCAAUUAGCUCUGAAAUAUGAUUCGAAGAUUCGAAUAUAUUAUGUAAUAGUAAAUAAAAACACAUAUUCGUUACAAAUAAUAAUGGAGCCUGUCAUCGACGCCAUUUGCUUUUCGCGACAACUUGUUAUUUCUAUCUCUUUCGUAAUGUGAUUGAUGACAUUAAAUGAUGAAAGAGAUAGCAAUAAUUGACAAACAAUUUGAUAAGUGGAAAAUGUAAGUUUGUAUGGAACAGAGGCCGUAGUGCGGCUUUGCCAUUCGAUAUCGAGCGUCGAAAGUUUUUAAAGUGAAACGCAGCGAACCAAUCACAUGCGGUGUGGUGUCAUUGCGUCGCAAUUGGCGCUGUGAUUGGUUAACUGCGUCUCUCUGUGAAUCGACUUGAUGUGAAUAGCAAUCGCUCUACGCGUAUAGAUUACAGAAUUCAGCGCAACAUUCAAUAUGGCGUCUUUGACAGUUCUGUUCUAAUUGUGAUUGGCAUAGUAAAAAAAUCGACUCGUUUUUACUUGAACUUAAGUUAGCGUUUUUAUGGAUAAGACGGUUAUAUUUGUGUCAAAUUGUGUACAUCCAUUAAUGUAUAGGAGACUAUUUUUUGUUGUUUCAAAGAAGUUUUACAAUAAUUGUAAGUAUUGUGUACUAAGUAGGUAGUAGUUAAGAGUUGUUUUGUUAUAAUUAAAAUACACAAUCGGUAUAUUGCAUUUACCUUUCGUUUUGUGAAUUCAAACUUUGGCCUAUAUAAAAAGAAUGUACUUCCGUUUUUAGUUUUAAAAAAAUAAUAAUGUAGGUCAAAAAGAAAAUUUUAGUCGACUUGUUUGAAACUUUUUUAUUUUUUUAUCUAGCUCAGACUAUUCAAAAUAUAAUCAGGUGUUGUUGAGAUGUUUA